GCGUUGACCUUCCGUCCUCGUGUCCUUUCGUUCUCUUAACCUGGGCAUUUCGUCGGUUUUUCGGGUGAGAGGUGCCGGUGAGAUUUAAUCAAGGAGGUCCUUUUCUGCCCUCCUUGUACAAGAGAAUUUUACCUGUGACUUUUGCUUUUUUGAGCGGCAUUGAGCCACAGAAGCAGCAGUGACCUGUCUACAGGGGAAAGCUUUGGUCCAGUGAGAAAACAUACAGACCAUGACUAAAACGUAUUUAUAGCCGUGAGAUGGGGGCAGCUGCGUGAAAUCCACUUGCCAAACCUCAAAUGACCCAUCAGGCAAUUCAAAAUGUCCAGGAACAGCAUGAACAGGUUUCCCUGCAUUGUACUUUGGACAGGAGGGGCACGCAAGCUUUACUGCCCUGAUGGGGACCUCCAGUACCAUCAUGACAUAAAAUGGUGACAGCUGCCAUCCUUGUCUUUCUUCGGACUUCAAAGGGAAAUUUUUCAACUUUUCACCACUGUGCCUGCUCAAGACCCCACCUGUCGCCAGGAGGGGAACAUGGAGGAGGAAGGGGUGGCUCCAGAGCUGCUGACCACCUGGUCACAGGACCCGGUGACCUUCCAGGAAGUAGCGGUGGACUUCUCCCAGGAGGAGUGGGCCCUGCUGGCCCCCGCUCAGAAAAUCCUGUACCGAGACGUGAUGCUGGAGAACUACAGGAACCUGGCCUCUGUGGGGUAUCAUCUCCGUAAACCCAGCCUGCUCACCCAGGAGGAGCUGAGGACCAAGAAGAGGAGAGUUCUCCAAGACACCUGUGCAGACCAGAAUUCUCAGCUUAAAACCAAAGAGACCACUGCCAAGCAGAAUAAAGUUUGGGAAAAACCAUUUACCAGCAGGAAAGCGGCACCAACUCAACCUGGAGAGAAACCCCAUGAACAGAGUCUGUGUGGAAAAGCCAUCAGAAGGAAUCCUGACCUUAUUUUGCCCAAGAGGAAUUACACAGGAAUGAAACGCAGUGAACGUAAAGAACAUGGGAAAGCGUUUAGUUAUCCUUCAUCCCUUGGGAUCCACAUGCGAUCUCACGCUGGUGAGAAACCCUACGAAUGUUCUCAGUGUGGGAAAGCUUUCAGUCGCUGCUCGUCUCUUAGGACACACGAGCAAACUCACAAUGGAGAGAAACCAUGUAAGUGUACCCAGUGUGGGAAAUUCUUGAGAUCCGGCUCGAGCCUCGCCAUACACAGGAGGAUGCACACUUGGGAGAAACCAUAUGAAUGCAGUGACUGUGGGAAGGCCUUCAUCAGGAGCAGUGACCUGACUAUGCAUAACACCGGGGAGAAACGCCAUCUGUGCAGUGACUGCAGCAAAACCUUUAGCAGGAAGUUCCAUCUGACGGUGCACAUGAGAACCCAUACUGGGGUGAAGCCCCGCCAAUUCAGUGACUGCGGAAAAGCCUUCGAUAGGAGUUGUAAAGCGACUGCCCACAAGAGGGUACACACAGGGGGGAAGAUGUAGCAGUGCAACGACUGUGGGGAACUUUCCAGUAGUCACUCAUCACAUAGGAAACAUGUGAGAACGCACAGUAAAGACAAUUGUAGGAGUGCAAGCAGGGAAAGCCUCAUCCAUCUCACAUGACAGCAACUCUGUGAAUAUCUUCAGUAUGGGGAAGUCUUCUGCUGGGACUUAAACUACUGCACAAGGAAAUUCAGAGUGGCAGAGAAACCGUAUAAAUGUGAAGAAAGUGGGAUUGCUUUUAUCAGGGCCCUAUCCUGAGGUUGGAAAUCUAGCUCAUUAAUUUUCAGUCUGUGUUUUUGAAUAUAAGCAUUUAAGGCCAUAGAUAUCCCUCUACCUACCCCAUUUGGCUAUAUUACAUGAGUUUUGAGCUAAGGUUUUUUUUGUUUUUUUUUUUAAAUUUAUUUAUUUAUUAUUUUGGCUG